CUGUGCUCCGCGUCCGCACCGGAGUAACGACAACUUGGUCAGACUUGAAACAGGGACAAUGACAGGGAAUCACUGGGGAUAUGGAAAAGAGGACGGUCCCUCUGCAUGGCACAAAAACUUCCCUGUUGCCGAGGGGAACCGCCAGUCUCCCAUUGACAUCGUCCCUCAACAGGCUUCCCAUGACCCCAGUCUGGGCCCGAUUGUCCUAAACUAUGAUCAGUGCACCUCCAUCAACAUCGCCAACAAUGGACACUCUGUUGUUGUGGACUUUGAUGACUCUGAUGACCGUUCAGUGAUCCAGGGAGGACCUCUUGACAACCCCUACAGACUGAAACAGUUUCACUUCCACUGGGGCGGAAAGGGCUGCCAUGGCUCUGAGCACACUGUUGAAGGAAUUAGCUAUGCAUCUGAGCUUCAUCUAGUGCACUGGAAUGCUGUCAAGUACAAGACGUUUGGGGAGGCUGCAGCAGCUCCAGACGGCCUCGCUGUCCUUGGAAUCUUUUUGGAAACAGGUGACGACCACAGAUGGCUCCACAUGAUAACAGACGCUCUGUUCAUGGUGAAGUUUAAGGCUAGUGUCACAGAUUUCAAAGGUUUCAACCCCAAGUGCCUCCUACCCAGCAGCCUCCACUACUGGACAUACCCGGGAUCACUGACCACACCCCCCCUACAUGAGAGUGUCAUCUGGAUCGUCCUUAAGGAGCCAAUCAUAGUGUCUGAAAAACAGCUGGGAAAGUUUAGAAUGCUUCAGUUCAGUGGAGAGGAAGACGAUCAGAGGAUGCGCAUGGAAAACAACUUCAGGCCUCCCCAGCCUCUCAAGGGCAGGAAAGUGCGUUCUUCCAAUUAAUGUGACCUCAAGAGAUGUGAAGUCGUAGAUAACAAAAGCUCUUUUAGACAACAGUGAAUGCAUUAAUUUGAGUGUCCUUUUUUUGCCUCAUGGUAGCUUGUCCUGAGGAUUUCUGAUUUACUUUCUAUAGAAGGAAAAAGUUCAAGGAGUAAUUCUCAUCACUGCCAGCCCAUUGAGAUGUAUGUUUCCCUUUACUGCUCGUAAGCUUCAAUGGCAGAGGGAGGAAUCAGAUUUUGAGCAAUUUAGGGAAAAAUAAAAGGGAUAUUAUGAACCAAUAUAAUUAGUUUGUUUAAUAUUUGACUACUAUGUGCUAUUCUGUGAUAUUAUUAAAAGCAGUAUGUUAAUUAAGAUUAAAAGAUUGGAUGUUUAAUUGUACCUCAUUUGUUGUUCAAGGAAGACAAGUGUUGCUGAGGCAAUAAGGUGCUACAUCAACUAGCAGCAAGCUCUUUUAAGGUGCUAUUCUAUGUAUCUUGUAAGUCCGUAUAACAGUGCAGUCUGUUGCUGUUUGUAGACUAGUAUCGCACAACUCAGCUGUCGGCAGAUUCACAGCCUCGGUCUCCUUACUGAUCUCGAUUGAUCCCCCUUUCAGCCGGCCUAUGGCUGGUGGAUUCCCAGUCCUAGUGGCCACAGAUCCCUUCUAGUCCAACAAUGCCAACUGGAGGUGGAAUUGGAUUAGUGCUACGUUCGCUUAAACUGCUCUGUUUGGCCAUGAUGGAGGGCAUGAAAGUUCUUUUUAGAGCUCAAGAGAGAGAUAAUCACCCACAGCAGACUGAUUUAUCAUUUUUAGCAUGCUCUCCAGAUUUAACAAAAACCUGUGUUCCCAACUAUUUAUAUUUCGAGUAACCAGUGAAUUCAGUAGUUCAAUCGAACUCUGUCUCUUUGGUUUUAUGCACUAAACUGCAUCUUGACUGAAGUGUCACAUUUCCUGGUCGAGUGUGUCUACUAUGCAAGAGGUAAUCUGCACUGUUAUUAACAGCUCACUUCUGAAGCUGCACUUUAAAAAAAAAAACAGUCUAGUAUGUAAAUGCCUGAUAGAGGCCCCGGUGUCGCACUAAGCUGAGUUAUGGCAGCCUUGUCUAAUGCUGGUCCUUAUUUCGAUGUACAUGGAUUUUACUAGUUCAGAGGUAUUAACUUAUUUUGUUCCCAUACAACAAAGCGCACACAUGAAGAAAGGUUCCUCAGUUAUGAUUGUUUGUUGAUGUGAAAGCGCAUUACAAAUGUAAUUUAUGGGUGGUUUGAAUAUUUUUGUAAUGCAUUCAAAAUCUUUUCAUGUUUGCUCAAUAAAAUACAUUUCAAAAUAA